CGCACCGGACAUUGGCGAGCGUGUCGUCGAAGAAGCCGAACGACGCGCGCGGGAACCCGCUGCACCGCAGCAACGGCGGCCGACUAAAAAACGCGCACGGAACGACCGUCGGGCCCGUGUCUUCCGACAUCCGGUUCGCGAAUUAUUUUAUCGUUCCGCACCGGAACGGUAUACGCAUUCGACCCGCACCGUCACCAUGACCGGCAGGCAUCACCUAGAAGUGGCUGUGCCGCUGGACAGGACCAUCAGCCUGAACGUGCACAAUCGGCACGGCGGCGCGGCGGCGGCAUCGGCGACGGUGGCGACGUCCCGGUCCCCGUCGUCGCUCAAGGACCGGUGGUACAGCUUUCGGCACCGGCCGGGCGGCGGCGGCGGAGGCGACCAGAGGCGGCGGUCCAACGUCGAAGAGUUCUUGUUCAUGGAGAGCCUGCCAGACGCGCCGGCCGCCGGUGGUCAGCCGUCCGCGGCCGGACAAGAAAUCGAACUGUCCAUAACCAUACGGAAGGACACCAUUAGACGCGACCUGAUGGACUCGAUGCGCACGUGCAACGGGCGGUUGCAGCUCAUGGAGCUCGUGGAGCUCGACGAGUUCGAUCCGGGCAGCGUGCAUCCGUCACCCAACCAGAGCGAGCUGGACAGGCUGUUCUGCUGGGCCGUUUACAUCGGAGCGCCGGCCGAGUGCUUGGACACGCUGCACGAGUGCGGCGCCAACUUGCACUAUUCGCAUUGCGGCAGCAUCACGGCCGUACAUUUGGCGGCCUUUAUGGGAAACGCCGACGCGCUCAGGUGGCUCAUAAAAAAAAAAUGUGACAUAGACACAAUUCAAAGUGGAUAUACACCAUUACAUUCUGCUGUUAUGGGCAAUGCUUUAGAAACUACAAAAAUUCUGAUAGACCAGAGAUGUAAGGUAACUGACACAGUAUUACACUGUGCAGUACAAGCCAAUUCUGUCGAAUGUGUCAAGUACUUACUAAACAUUGGUAUAGAUCCCAACUCUUUGGAUACUAAUGGAAAUACACCCCUUCAUUUAGCAGCAGACAAAGGAUAUACAGAAUGUUUAAAACUUCUUUUAGCUAAAAGUAAUAAAACAAUAAAUUUAAAAUCUAAAUCUAGACAAUCGACGGCCUUACAUAUGGCGGCUGAAAAUGGAUAUACAGAAUGUGUUCAAAUACUACUACAUUCAGGAUCUAGUCAUACUGCAGUAAACAAUAAAAAUCAAACUGCUUUACACCUAGCUGCCAAAGCUCAAUGCGCUGAAUCUGUAGUUAUAUUAUUAGAAUUAGGAGCCGAAGUGAAUGCUUUAGAUUUAGAUAAAAGAACAGCUUUGCAUUCCGCUGUUUGUAAAGCUUUUUUGUCAUUCCACGUGGUUGAAGUGUUGGUAAAAUGGGGAGCAAAUGUCAAUAUUAAAGAUAGAUAUGGGUAUGCACCACUUCAUAUAGCUGCAUUAAAUGAAUUAUCCCAAUGUGUUGAUUUCUUAAUCAUAAAAGGAGCUGACAUAAGUUCUAGAACAGUAGGCGGAAUGAGUGCCUUAAGCAUAAUAAACAGAAAAACACCCACAAGUAUAAAUACAAUUAAAAAAAAAUUUGACCAAGCAAUUACAUUAAACGACCAAGCUUCUGCCAAAGAAGUUGAACUAAUAAUGGAUUUUCGAUACUUAUUACAAAAUCCUAGUCAAGGAGAAAUAAUUUUAUUACACACAUUGGAAGAAUGUGGUCAAAAGUCUAUGCUUGAACAUCCAUUAUGUAAAGCAUUUUUAUACUUGAAAUGGCAAAAAAUUCGUAGAUUUUAUUUUGUUCGUCUAGUUUUUGAUGCAAUUUUUGUUUUACUCUUAACCUCUUAUGUAAUGACAGCUUUAGCACAUGACUGUUAUAAUAAGUCAAAAAAUAUCACAGACGACCAAGAAAUAUCUAAUAGUCAAGAACUAAAUGAAUCAGAAACUCAAAAUGCCUGUCGUCUGAACAUGAAUGUGUUCGAUUCAAAAUUAAUAACACACAUAGUUAUAGAAUUUGUUUGGUAUAUAUUGUUGGUAUUUACGAUUAUCAUAAUAAUCAGAAAAUUAAUUGGAACAACAGGAUUUACUUCAGUCAAACAAUAUUUUUUAAACAUCACUAACAUUGUUGAAUGGUUUGUGGUGGCAAGUGUUUUUUUAACAUCCUUUUUAUAUGGAAAUAAAACAUAUGACUGGCAAAACCCUAUUGGAGCAUUUGCUGUUUUAUUUGGAUGGUCAAAUUUAAUGGUGAUGAUUGGCCAGUUACCUAUAUUUGGAACAUAUAUUGCUAUGUUUACCAAAGUUCAAAAGGAAUUUGCUAAAUUAUUGCUAGCUUAUUCGUGCUUGCUUAUAGGAUUUACAAUAAGUUUUUGCACACUAUUCCCUACAUCAAAUGAUUUCAAUAAUCCUUUAAUAGGUAUAGCAAAAGUGUUAGUAAUGAUGACGGGGGAACUUGACAUAGAUUUGUUGUUGAAAUCUGAAGAAUCUCCAAUAAUUUUUAACAUAAGUGCUUAUAUAACUUUUAUAUUGUUUAUUGUAUUUGUUACUGUUGUAUUAAUGAAUUUACUAGUUGGAAUAGCAGUUCAUGAUAUCCAAGGUUUGCACAAAACUGCAGAUUUAUCAAAACUUGUAAGACAAACUCAGCUAAUUCACUCUCAAGAACAAGCAUUAUUUCAAGGUUGUUUACCUAGACGCGUAAUCAAUUUUUUUAAUUGGAGUGCAAGAGUUACACCAUCAGCAUAUAGAGUGGUACUUUAUGUAAAACCAUUAAAUCCUACAGAAAAAAGAUUACCAAAAUACAUAAUGGAAGAUGCAUUGAAUAUAGCAAGACAACAACGAUUAAAUACAGUUGACUAUAAGCAAGCUAUGUUAGAAAAUAAAAUGGAAAAUAAGGCUUUAGUCGAAGAAAUUAAACAUCUAAAAGAAAUUGUACAAAAUCAACAAGAUCUCUUAUUACAACUUAUAAACAAAUCUUCAUAAAUAUUCCUAGUCUAAAUUUGUAUUUGUUAAUGAAAUUUAACUAUUAUAUUAUGUACUA